CGAUAAUCGAUAAGGCAUCUAGGUUAGGUAAUUGAUAAGACAACCACUUAUCAAAUAUCUGAAGCUCAAGGCGGGAGCUUUUAUUACGGACAAUUUAUUCAGCAGCAUAAGUCUACGAACUUAACAGUGAAUCAUAUGUUGCCAUAAUGCCGAGAGAAAUCAUUACAAUCCAGGUAGGCCAGUGCGGCAAUAGCAUCGGUAGCCAGUUUUGGCAGCAGCUAUGCCAGGAACACGGCAUCAAUCAAGACGGCAACCUUGAAGACUUUGCUACGGAGGGCGGCGAUCGCAAGGAUGUCUUCUACUACCAGAGUGACGAUACAAGAUAUAUUCCCCGAGCGAUUCUAAUAGAUCUCGAACCCCGCGUCAUUAACGGGAUACAGACUGGCCCUUACAAAAACAUCUACAACCCGGAGAACUUCUACGUUGGUAAAAAUGGCAGCGGCGCAGGAAAUAACUGGGGUGAUGGAUAUCAGACCGGCGAGGCGGUUCACGAGGAGAUUAUGGAGAUGAUAGAACGCGAGGCAGAUGGUAGUGAUUCUCUCGAGGGUUUCAUGCUUCUUCAUUCAAUCGCUGGAGGCACAGGUUCCGGUCUAGGUUCUUUCCUCCUCGAACGGAUGAACGACAGGUUCCCCAAAAAGAUCAUCCAAACCUACUCGGUGUUUCCUGAUACCAUAAACCAAGGAGAUGUCGUCGUUCAUCCAUAUAACAGUCUUCUCUCCAUGAGACGAUUGACGCAAAAUGCCGAUUCGGUUGUGGUUCUGGAUAACGGAGCGUUGUCCCAUAUCGCAGCAGACAGGUUACACGUCCAGGAACCAUCAUUCCAACAAACCAACCAGCUAGUGUCGACGGUUAUGUCGGCCAGUACCACCACAUUGAGAUACCCAGGUUACAUGCACAACGAUCUCGUUAGCAUCCUAGCGUCGUUAAUUCCCACGCCUCGCUGCCAUUUCUUAAUGACAGCCUAUACCCCUUUCACCGGAGAUCAAGUUGAACAAGCUAAAACGGUCAGGAAAACCACCGUGCUUGAUGUCAUGAGACGACUACUACAACCUAAGAAUCGUAUGGUCUCAACUAUACCGGAGAAGAAAAAUUGCUACAUUUCCAUUCUCAAUGUCAUCCAAGGCGAGGUCGACCCAACAGAUGUUCACAAGAGUCUGCUACGUAUCCGCGAACGAAGAUUAGCAACCUUUAUACCUUGGGGCCCAGCGAGUAUACAGGUCGCCCUGACAAAGCGCAGUCCAUACAUCCCAAUGAGCCACCGCGUCAGUGGUUUAAUGUUAGCCAACCACACCAGCAUCGCAACUUUAUUUAAACGAAUUGUUCGUCGAUAUGACAACAUGCGAAAGCGUGGUGCUUUUAUAGAGAGUUACAAGAAGACGGCCCCCUUCUCGGAGAACUUACACGAGUUCGACGAGGCCAGAGAAGUGGUAUCAGAUCUAAUUGCGGAGUACGAGGCAGCCGAAGAUGCGAAUUAUCUGAACCCCGACGAAGGAGACAAGGCCACGUCUGCAGAAACGGACAAGAGAGUCGCGUAGUGGGGGCUGUUCCCUUAUAGGGAAAAGUUAUGAGAUCAUGUCGCAUUGAAAAGCAUGGCUAAUGGUUUUUUAUCGCAAGAUUAGGAGGUAGUUAAGGAUAUCAACGUGGUGUUCGGGCGUUCUAGGUAUGACGUUAAAUGGCCGAUGUGAUGGUAAACAGUUUACCUAACAAACACUCUGACACUGCAGGCGUCCCCCUUCUUGGUAUAAUAUAGAAGUAUUGAGACCUUAGGUAGUCGAUUACGUCGUUGUCUGCGGAUCUUCCCGCUGAAUCGACUCCUAAAUCAACUACCUAGGUACCUAGGUA